CACGGCCUGGCUGUUGCCUAGUAACGCGCUGGAGGAGUCCUAGCGUCAUAAGGUCCCGGAGAAGUGUCAGUGGCCCCGAGUGGGACCUCGUAGCCCGUUCUCUCCGCGCCAGCGGCCUGUCCCCGCGGCUCGGCGGGUUGGGGCAGGGGAAAUGUUGCAGGAGGAGUCGGAUCUGUCUCUCGUUAUUGCCCAGAUAGUCCAGAAGCUCAAGGGCUCCCAUCUGUACGCUCAGCUGGAACGGCAAGCAUGGGCCAGUCUUCAGAGACCUGAGAUUAAACUUGAAUCACUAAAAGAAGAUAUUAAAGAAUUCUUUAAAACAUCAGGUUGGGAGAAGAAACUUCAGAAUGCUGUUUAUAGUGAACUGAGUGUGUUUCCUUUACCUAGUCAUCCUGCUGCACCUCCUGAGCAUCUUAAAGAACCUUUGGUAUAUAUGAGGAAAGCACAGGGAAGUUGGGAAAAAAGAAUUUUGAAGAGUUUAAAUAGUAUGUGCACUGAGCUGAGUAUCCCAUUGGCACGAAAGAGGCCAGUUGGAGAACAGAAAGAACUUCUCAAUAAAUGGAAUGAAAUGGGAACUGAUGAACCAGAUUUAAGCCUUUUCAGACCUGUUUAUGCACCUAAGGAUUUUCUUGAGGUAUUAAUUAAUCUUCGCAACCCGAAUUAUGAAAAUGGUGAUUCUCUUAGUUUCAGGACUCAUUUGGGUUUAAUCCAAGUUCCUCUGAAAGUAAAAGACAUCCCUGAAUUGAAAGAAUUCUUUGUAGAACUUGGCUUAACUACAGGACAACUGGGUAUAGAUGAUUCUACACAAGUGCCUCCUGAACUUUUUGAAAAUGAACAUGUACGAAUUGGGCAAAAAGUUCUAGCAGAACAAGAUAGUGCUGCUGCUCAACAGUAUGUCAGACAAGGAAGUCCCACAGCUCUGAGAGCUGAAUUAUGGGCUCUCAUUUUGAAUAUUUCCAGUCAACCUGAGGAUAUCUUAUAUUAUGAACAGCUUAAGACCAAUGUGAUACAACAUGACCUUUUGGUGGACAGUCUAAUUUAUAAAGAUGUGAAGUUGACAGCAAGCAAUGAUGACUAUUAUUUUGUAUUUGAAGAUUAUUUAUAUCAGGUAUUACUUUGUUUUUCCCGGGAUACAUCUGUGUUGGGUCACUUUGCGUACAACAGUGCUUCACCACCGAAAUCAUACAUAAGAGGAAAACUAGGACUAGAAGAAUAUGCUGUCUUUUAUCCACCAAAUGGUGUAAUCCCUUUUCACGGAUUUUCAAUGUAUGUUGCACCACUUUGUUUUCUAUACCACGAACCUUCCAAAUUGUAUCAGAUAUUCCGUGAGAUGUAUGUGCGUUUUUUCUUCAGACUCCAUUCCAUCUCUUCUCAUCCUUCUGGUAUUGUGUCACUCUGUUUGCUGUUUGAAACUCUUCUUCAAACUUAUCUCCCCCAACUCUUUUAUCACCUACGAGAAAUUGGGGCUCAACCGCUUCGCAUAUCAUUUAAAUGGAUGGUUCGAGCUUUCUCUGGAUACUUAGCUACAGAUCAACUCUUGCUUUUGUGGGAUAGAAUCCUAGGAUACAACUCUCUGGAAAUUCUUGCUGGUAAGAUCCUGGCAGCUGCUGUGUUUGCUUUCCGAGCAGUGAACCUGAUGGAGGUGACAUCACUGGCUGCAGCUGAAGCAGUUCUUGCUGACCUUUCUACUUUAAAAGUUAUGCCUCUUCUUCAGAUUUUUCUAUUUGCUACUGUCACCUGAUCUUCUUCAAGGUCAUUGACAACACAUCUAGUUUUUUCAUUAGAAACUAAUCAUGAACUAUGCAAACUCUGCAUAAAACCAAAAUUAAACUUUGCAUAUAAGCCAAUAAAGAUCAUGUUCCUUCCUCAGUUAAACCUAA